AUGGGCUCCGACACGCGCCCCGUCUGCCAUCGCUGCGCCCAGAUUAAGCAGGCUUGCGAUGGCAGCCUGCCCUGCGCCAGGUGCGUGCGCCUGAGCCUGCCGUGCCGUCCGCGCAACUCGUCGGCCGGCUCGAGCGACGAUGCCCAGACCGGCGACAUGCCCAAGGCCCGCAUACGAAGAGUCCAGACGGGAUGCCUCAUGUGCAAGCGCCGCAAGAAAAAGUGCGACGAGACCAAGCCGCGAUGCGGUGACUGCCGCCGACUAUGCCUCGACUGCGAGUGGCCCCCCGAGCGGCACUCCAGGGCCAGGGCCGCUUCCGCCGUCGGCGCCCCGGACGUAAUGGCCCAUGCCGCCCUCGGCGCCGUCGUCGCCGGCUUCAUGCCCGCAAAGCCCGAGGUGGCCAUGAUGGAGAUUCCCAUCCGGAGCACCCCGAGUCCCGUCUCCACGCCCGCCAGCGCCCGCCACAGCAGCCCCGGCAGUUUUGCCGAUCACGUAUCCCACCACAGCCUCACCUUCGGCCACCAGACUCUGGACCACCAGCCCAUGGCCGCCAUUCCCAUGCCCCCGACGACUACAACCAUGGCCGGCGAGAUGGCCCUGGAGCUAAUGAGCCCGGACAGCCUCUCCUGGGACAUGGCCAGCUCCCCGCAAGGCUGGAUCGAGGCCAUCACCCCCGUCAGCAACGACAGCCCGGCUGCGUCCGUCGACUCGACGCCCGUCUCCUCCUUGUCGCUGUACGUUCCCCAGCUGCUCCCCCAGCUCCACGCGCCCCAGGACAAGGCGCUACUCAACCACUACUCUACCAUCGUCUCCGCCAUCCUGUCGCGACGCUGCUCCUCCAGCAACCCCUAUAACCACUACCUCCUCCCCUUGGCCCAGGGCAACGACCUCGUCCUGCACUGUAUCCUGGCCCUGUCGGCCAACCAUUGGCGCAAGCUGCAGCCGUCCCUGGGUGACCGUGGGCUGUACCACAAGAGCAAGGCCACGCAGGCCCUGGCCAGGCUUCUACCGCACGUCGACAAGACCAGCGCCGACCUUGCCCUCGUCAGUAGUCUGCUGCUCUGCAUGACGGAGCUUUUCGACGGCACCAGCGAGGGCUGGAAGCUGCAUCUCAAGGGCGCCAAGCGCCUGCUCAUGACACUCAAGAAGCAGCAGGGAGACAUGAUGACGGGCCACUACAAGUUUCUCCUGCGGCUGGCCCGGUUCCUCGACUCUGCAGCCACAACGUCCACCUGCCGGCCUCCGCUCAUCGGCGAAGAGGAGGCCGAGGCCGCGGCGCUCGACCGGAUGACGUCGUCGCCGGAUGAGGAGGACUCGGCCGUGUACGGCAUCCCCAAGGAACUGUUCCACCUCGUCGACCGCGUCAACACGCUGGCCGACCUGCGGAGCACCCGCGUCGAUCCCGCCUCCGAGGCUGCGUUUCGAGAACACGCCCAGGAGAUUGAGGAGCGCAUCAACAACUGGUCCUUUGAAUACGGCGGCAUGUCACGCGCCGCCUGGACCUUUUCGCCUGCCAACGACGACGUCUUGUACGCCACGAUGGCUUUCGAGAACGCCAUCAGGCUGAGGCUGCAUCAGAUCGUCGAGGGCUAUGAGCUCACCGAUCCCAAGGUAGGCCAGUUCGUCGAGGGCAUCGUAGACGCGGUGCAGAAGAUACGGUACGGCAGCCCGCUCGAGUCCUGCCUGGUGUUUCCCCUCGUCAUGGCCGGAGGAGCGUGCUGGAAGCUGGAACACCGUGUUGUCAUCCAGGACCGACUGCUGAUUAUGGAGAGAACGUGCGGGUUUGGAUACAUUUACAACGCCAGAGACCUGGUCGAGCGGGUGUGGUCGAGGCGGGACCAGUCGGAUGGAACGGGGGACAUUGUGAACUGGGCGCGCAUACGGUACUAUGAGAUGAACGGGCUCGUUUUGUUUUAA